AUGUCUGCUGCCAGCCAUAUACCCCUGCUAAACCCCAAUGCUACUCCCUUCCAGCCUCGAAGGUCCCGGGGCUCCCAAAGAACAACCAACUGCAACAACCUCAAACUGUUCGUCACGAGCCUCAACAUCGGGUUUUUGAAUAUCUGCAGCCUGCGCUACAAGCUGCAUGCACUGGACAGCCUUGCCCACCAGCACAACUGGGGCGUCGUUGGCGUUGCCGAGACCUGGCUGGAUAGUACAAUCUCGGAUGGCGAAAUUUGUAUUCCCGGCUACAGUGUUGUUCGCUGUGACCGGCCCGAUCGCCAGGGUGGGGGCACAUGCCUCUAUUACAAGACAUCACUCCCAGUUACCUAUCGUUCUGAUCUGCACAAUAGCCACCUGGAGGCUACCUGGAUAGCUAUUGGCGGAGGGCAACACCAGCACCUCGUUGGCUGCCUCUAUCGCCCACCAAAUGCAACUGCUGAUUUCUGGGGCCACCUGGACACAGUCCUCCACAAUGCUGCCACGAUCACGCCAUCAAUGACAUUGGUGGGUGACUUUAAUAUCAAUCUGGCUCAAUGCAUGACCAGUCGUCCUCACCAGCGCUUCUGGGACCUUAUCGGAUCGUAUGGGCUCCGCAACUAUGUUCAGUCUGCCACACGAGUCACACCCCGAUGUCCCGAUGGAACGCUGCUUGAUCUAGUGCUCUCCACCGUGGGUACUAUAAGUCAUUGUGAAGUUGUACCCUGCACGAUCAGCGAUCACUUCCUUGUGCAUGCAAGUCUGUCUCUACCCUCCUCGCAACACCCACUGCAGCGGAAAUCAGUGCGCCUCACCCGCAAGAUCCGUGCCAUUAACCUUGCAACAUUUCGUGAAGAUAUUGCCUCGUGCAGCCUCCACUCCUUUCCCCCUGCUGCAACUGUAGACGAGAUGUGGAAUGGCUGGCAUGCCAAGUUUAUGUCGGUUCUCGAAAGUCACGCUCCCCUGCGUGAAGUCAGAAUCUCCACCAGGAGGACUCCCCCGCCAUGGUCCGACCGUGAUAUAUUCCAACUGAACAUGCGCAAGAAUAGACUUCACCGAAAGUGGCUACGAGAUAAGACUAACGUGCAUCUACAUGAGGAGUACAAGCGAGCCCGUGCAGAAGCCUCAAAUGCUUACCGGCGAAAACGCAAUCAGCAUUUCCAACAGCAGUGUCGUGAUCACUCCUCCAACCUGCGGAAGAUGUGGUCCGUGAUCAACUCUGUCACUAGCCGUUCUCGUCAACAUCAUCAGCCAACGUGCGACAUCACAGAAGUCUCGGAUGCCUUCCACAGCAUUGUACAUGAUCCGUCCCGUCCGGCGCAGCUCCAGAUUCCCAUUGGUCCACAGCCGCAAGGCUCAAUGCUGACCUUCCAGUCAACUACCCCAGAUGAGGUCAAGCACCUCCUGGAACGGAUAAAUCCCUGCAAAGCCACAGGCAGUGAUGGGAUUCCUGGGUGUCUGCUACGUGCUUGCGCUGACCUGUUGGCUCCAUCGCUUUCAGUGCUCUUCAGCUCAUCGCUGAGGCAUGGUGAAGUCCCUCUGGCUUUCAAACAUGCUGUAAUAAGCCCUCUCUUCAAAGCUGGCGAUCCAUCGGUAGCUGCAAAUUAUCGUCCUGUGUCGCUCCUGCCGAUCGUAUCCAAACUACUCGAAAAGAUAGUCCAGAAGCAACUUGUUGCACAUCUGGAGCGAUCAUGUGCCAUACCACCGACUCAGUUUGCCUUCCGCCCUACUUAA